CCUGUCACUCCUGCUGGCUGCUGCACUUUUGCGAACAGCAUAAAGUGUUUGCGCUGCAGCUUUUUUGCGCCAGUCGGUUUUUCACGCUCAGUUUUCGUUGCGCCGCCGCUGCGGCCAGUUGUUACUGUGUAAUCUGUAAGCGAUCCCCCCCAGCCGCCGACCCUGCGUGCGUGAUUUACCGUUUUCGGCGAGCUCUGGCGCGGAAUUUUGAUUUCGCGAGAGCGGAAGCAAGCGGAGGAAUAAAGAGAGCCAAAGAGAGAAAAGCUAGAGAGAGAGAGAGAGAGAGAGAGGGAUGUGCUGGGGCGCAAUGGCCCGCAAGGACGAUCCCGUUUUCAACGUCCGCUUCGUGCAACUUGUGGAGAGUCAGCCGAGUCUGUGGAAUUACACAAGUCCAGGAUAUAGCAAAAAGGAGGAGGUGCAGCGGGCGUGGCAGCAUGUGGCCAACGAGAGCAAGGACACAGUUCGAAAUUGCCGCGAACGAUGGCGCACGAUCAGGAGCAGCUUCCUGCGAUCCCUGAAACUGGCCGGAACACAGACCGGACGCGGCAAGCGGAAGUACUACCUGUCCAAGUACCUGCAGUUUCUCAUUCCCUACACCAAGUCCCGGUCCUGUCACAAGCAACAAGUCGGCCCUGGGGGCACUACAGGUGGCAUCACCACCACCACCAGCACCACCACAGCCGGCAUGGUGCUCCGCAAGCCGGGCAGCGUCCUGAUGCCGGAACCGGAAGCGGAAAUCGAGGAUGCCGAGGAGGAGCAGACCAAAGAGAGUGUGGAGGAGGAAAUGCCACUGGAUGUCCAGGUGUCCGAGAUGGAGGAGAAGGACCUGCCACCACCAUCGACAGAUCCGGCAGCAGGAGCCACCCCACCCACCUCCUGCCUGCCCGUCCGCCUGCAGGCCAUUAAGGUGGAGCAGCAGCAGCAGCAGUCGCAAUCCCAGUCCCCCGGCCAGGACAAAAUGGUCAACCAUCAGUCGCUGGUCACCGUUCCGGCCACCGCCCUGGGCAGUCACAUGGACUGGACGGAUCUGGCGCAUUGGAUCAAGGGCAGUAGCACCUCCGGAGUCACUGCCACCAAACUAUCCGCACCGGGACUGUCGGCUCUGGGCGGCACUGGAGCUGGAUCCGGGACAGGAGCGGGCGCAGGAUCACUGCCUAUGCCACUGCCCCUACCCUCGCCGGAUGCGGACUACUCCUUCCUGAUCAGCCUGCAUCCGUAUCUCAAGGAGAUGAGCGGCAAGCAGAACCGUAGGUUUCGCCAGAAAGUAAUAGGACUAAUCGACAAUGUCCUGGACAACAUAGAUGUCUGAUAAGGAUUCCGUGAGGGCCUACACAAGAUUACAGAGAGAAAAAAAAACAACAGAGAUUCCAAUUUAAAUUUUUUACUUUUUCAAAACUAAACAUAUCUAGAAUUUGUAACGAAAAUUAAAAGAAAUUUGUUUUCUUUUUGAAACACAUGUAUUAGAAUUUUAAAAUAAUUCGAAUAUAUUUCUCUCUGUGUAGGAACCUUUUUUUAUAAACUAAUCACAGUGUAACGCCAACAGUGCCCAUUUGUUAUAUUUGUAGAGCGUAUUUUGAUCGUGCUUUUUGUUGUUGUUUAAACACGUACACAAACACAAAUUUGUUAUAUGUAAAAUAAAGAUAUAUAUGUCGUUAA